ACUUUGCUUUGUUUUGAUUAACUUGAUGCAUUAAUGUUCAUGAUCUGUGCAUCUUUGAUUUUAUUUUCCUGCAGGUUGCCCCCCUUGGGUUUCGAAAUAAAACAGAUCGGUGCCCCCAUUGGAGCCACAUCCAUACAUUAUUUAUUCCCUUUCCGCAACUCGACCAUUAACACAACAACACAAACUUCCAAGCUUCAAACAGCAAAACACCUCGCUUUCUUCACUCAUCAAAGCAGAGAUCGCUGCGAUACCCAUUCUCAUAAUGCGCAUCAAGCAAGGUCCAGGCCUCACCAUCCGCUCGCUCUUCUCGCGGCGCUCCAAGCAAGCGAAGAGCGAGAAAUCCCCGAAGCGGUGCUCAACCAGUGGCUCUGACCACAGUGACUCGCUACGAACCAGACCCAGAGCCCUCGACAAGGAACUAGAGAUCCUCGGACUUCUCGUAGAUCCUCGCAAGCAGAUUCCGCCGACACCGAUUCCGCAUUACUACUCGCAUUCGCACUCACAGCCGCGACCUUCUUCCGCUUCUGCACGCAGGCCGAAGACAGCUACCACGCCUCCUCCACACAACCUCUCCCUAUUCCCAGGCGUGCAUACAUACCAGGACUCAGAGUACCAAGGACAAGAACACCGCGAGUCCACGGCAUCAUCGACCCAGAGUCACGAAUAUCCUCACCACCCUCCCUCUCCACUGCUCCCCCCAACACCAUCGCUCUGGCUCCCACUCCAGACACAACGAGCACCACAACAACCAGCCGAGCCCGACCUCAGCAUCCCAUCCAGCCCAGCCCUGAGUUCUCGCACCUUCGCCACGCGGUCGUCGGGGAUAUUCCCGUGGGGUGCAGAGCCUCACGCCGUGGAGGAUGAUACAUUGUUGGACGACCAGGUGCUUGUACUGCCGUCGCCGCCGAGGUUCGCCCGUUCGUAUGGAUGGGGUGGGGUUUAGUUUUUGUUCGUUUAGUUAUUGGAAUCUGGAAUAAAGGAGUAUUACUUAGAUGGGGGCGUGCGGGGCUUAUGAUGUUAUGACUGUA